AUGAAGUUCUCCGCUUCCGUUGUUGUUGCCCUUGUGGCGACGCCGCUUGUCACUGCGGCCCCGGCACCUUUCCCCAAGGUCGAAAAGAAAUGGGUCGAUACCAACAGCGGCUUCACAGGCACCAAGAUGCCCGCCCACUUCGUCUCAUCCUUCCGUAAGAUUGCUCGCGAGAAGAGCAUCCGCAAGCGUCAGCUUGAUCAACUUCUUGGUCAGUUGACUGGCGGUGCUGGCGGUGCAGGUGGCGCUGGCGGCCUUGACCAGCUUUUGGGGGGCUUGACUGGGGGCGCCGCGGGUGGUAAUGCCGCAGGAGGGGCAGCAGCUGGAGGAGCAGCUGGCGGAGCAGCUGGCGGUGGCCUUGGUCAACUCCUGGGUGGAUUGACGGGCGGUGCGGGGGGAGGAAAUGCAGCGACUGGAGCGAACGGAGCAGCUGCUGCUGCUACAACUGGCACAGCUGCUAAGGGAAAAGCUAAGGGCAAAGGUAAAGGCAAGGGUACAGCGGCCGCAGCUGGUGCAGGUACAGCGGGCGCAGCAGCGAACAACGGCACCGCAGCCGCAGGCACUACAGCUACUGGCAAGGGAAAAGGCAAGGGUAAAGGCAAAGGCACAGGAGCUGCUGGCACCGCAGGCACAGCUGGUGCCGCCGGAGCCGCCAACAACGGAACCGCCGCAGCAGGCGGUGCAGCCACAGGAAAGGGAACAGCAGGAACCGCCGCUGGAGGCUCGACCACGACAGGAACCCAAGGUACCCAAGGCAGUGGUGUACAGACAGGAACCCAGGGCACUCAGGGCGUUCAAGGCACUGGAGCGCAGACCGGCACUGGAGCGCAGACUGGAACUGGAGCGCAGACUGGCACUGGAGCGCAGACUGGAACUGGAGCGCAGACCGGCACUGGAGCGCAGACUGGCACUGGAGCGCAGACUGGCACUGGAGCGCAGACUGGCACUGGAGCGCAGACCGGCACUGGAGCGCAGACUGGCACUGGAGCGCAGACCGGCACUGGAUCGAACACUGGCACUGGUGUUCAGACAGGAAACGGACAGACUGGAACAACCGGCUCUCAGGGCGCUCAGGGCGUUCAGGGUGGAUCAGCCGGCGCUCAGGCUGGCACGGGAUCUGCCACUGGCACUGGUGCGCAGACUGGCACUCAAGGCACCCAGGGCACCCAGGGUGGGCCUGCUGCCAACAGUGGAUCUGCUCAGACCGGCCAGACCGGCACUGGAUCGGUUGCCGCCAACGGAGGUUCCGCUGCAGGUGUGGGAGCUGCUGGGUCCUCUUAA